AUGUUCAAGCUGGAAUCAUAUAUAACCCCUUGGAUCUUGGGAUAUCUUGAUCGUUACAUCAAAAACUGCAAGGCUGAAGAUUCUCAGGUCUCCCUCUUCAGUGGUGAGGCAGUUUUCUCUAAUCUUGAUCUGCGCUUGGAUGUAUUGGAAGAAGAGUUCAGUUCACUUCCAUUCUCAUUUGUCAACGGGCACAUACAUGAGCUCAGAAUUCAAAUUCCAUGGACCAGAUUGUACAUGGAUCCAAUCUGCAUCACCAUCAACACCAUUGAAUGUGUGCUGAAGCUUAGGGAGAAAACCAUUCCACCCUCCAAGAAAGUGGAUCGCAGUGCUUCCUCUGCAUCUUUGAAGAAGGAAGUUGUACAAGAAGAAGCCCCUCCUGGUUAUGUUCAGAGCCUUCUGACAAGGCUCUUGCAAAACAUUUGCAUAGUUUGCAACAAUCUCAUUCUAAAAUAUGUAGAGGGAGAUCUGGUGCUAUCUCUGAAUGCCCGUUCCAUGUCAUGGCAGUCAGCCACAGACCAAUGGAAACCUGGCUUAAGCACUAUUUCAGCCCCUGACUUCAUGCAAAGAAAACUUUUCCACCUAACAGACUUGACAAUAUGCCUGGAUAAAAGAGAUGCAGCUGGGAAGAUUCAGGUCUACCAGGAUCCAGUGGCCUACAGAUGUUCAAUCCAAGGACGAUUCAGUUAUCAGUAUGAAAGUGCCGUUGCCAAGAGAGCAAAGGUGAAACGCAUUGCAUUCCACUGCAAGGAUCUCAAUAUCUCCCUCACUGAUGUACAAAUCCCCAUGUUUGCAAGGCUGUGUGAGUUAGUACAUGCAUAUGUCAAAGGAGAUAUCGGUGUUUAUGGUUCUGACUCUGAUGAAGAUCAUUCACGAGAAUCGCCUGAUGAAAAUGAAGGUGACCCACAAGCAGUACUCCAUGAUUCAGAGGGUGGGGGAGAAUCUGAAGAGGAAUCAUGGGGUGGAUGGGCCUGGGGAUUCAUCCCAACUCUGGGUUGGUCCUCUCCCAGUGACUCUCAAGAUGACACCACUCCUUCCCUUCCACCUGUGUUUCAGUUUGCAUUCUACUUUGACAGUGUUUCCUGGAUAUUCAAGGUUGUGGAAUCCUACAAGGAGGAAAGAUGUGAGAGUCGAGAAUUGCUCUGCCUGGAGCAUAAAGGUUCAUUUGUUGAUAUGGUAGAUGUUGGCUAUACAUCUGUAAGGCUUGGGAUCCAAGAAGCUCACCUGUCACCUCUAUCAAGUUGUGCCUGUGGAUGUCCCAUUUCUGAAAAUGAGGAAGCCUUCAUAACAAUGGGCUACUCAAUGGAAGGUGAAAAGCAUCUGACAAGAUCCUUGUUUGAUGCAAAUGAAGAGUGGACAAUGCCUACUGUUUCUCCUCCUUCAGUAUCUGGUGCUGAAAUAUUGGAAGCUAGUCCUGGGUUUGCUUUUCACUAUCUGAGUGUGACCAAAGAUGUUGAAGCUGAAGACAGGGAAACUAAAGAAACUCAUACUGAAUUGAAUUUUUUUCUUGGAUCUCCUGAAGUCUUUGUUGAUGCUGGUCUUUGUCAUGGUUUAUGUUUUUUAUAUUGGGCAUUCUGCCAAGGUGAUUACGAACCUUAUGGAUAUGGUCCUGGAAAGCUUCAGAAGCCAAAAGAGGAGACUUUCUCAACAGUCAUUUAUCGUUUGUCUGUGUUGACACCAGUGAUCACUCUGCGUCCAUUCCUGCACCCUCGAUCCAACCCUCCUGAACUUGUGAAAUUAAAAAGAGGCCAACACAAGGUGAAGCGUGCCAAGAAAGAUGCUCCAUCUGGGCUUCAGUUGACUUUAAUUUGCAAGUCUUGGAUCCUGGAGAAGCACUGGGGCAAAGAUCUCUCUGCUUCAAUUUCAUCACAGUGGAAUGCAUUCAGUGUCCAAAUGAUGGGAGGAUCUGGGAAGAAUCUUCAUCACCCUGUUUCUAUUCUUUCUACAUCAGAUGUGAAACCACUCACAAUUGUUCAGAGUGAGACAUCUGAGGGAAUGGACAUUGAGUUCACAUUACCCAAUCUCUCUCUCACUGUCAUCCCAUUGCAGGUUCACAUAAUAUGGAGUGUGGUGAUGUCUCUGAUACAACAGCGGCGGAGCCAGCACUUGGUGGCCAUGAUGACUUCCAAACUUCCUGAGGCAACUCUGAGUGCCACUUUACAUUCCAAAGUGAAGCAUGCUUUCCUGAAGGUCACCCUCACAUCUUCUCUGACCAUCAUCAAGGCUUGUAUACAUGAGGUGUCUGUAUCUAGUCAAGGAUCUCCUAUCCUUGAUAUAUCAAGCCACUCUGGGCCUUUGCUAGAGUUCCUUAUGCGAUUCCCACCAUGUCCAGAACCAGUACCAACCAUUGCCUCUGUCUGUUUCAUCUCAGUCAGCCCAUUUAAGCUCUUCAUCCAUCCCAACCUCAUCACAUUUUUCUCACGCCCAAAUGUUUGUGAUCGAGAACAGACUCCCAAGUUAGAAUUUGCUUCAGAAUCUGAAAGCACAUUCAGUAUUGUUUCCUCUGAGCUGUCUGUACAGUCACAACAAAAGAAGAAACGGUUAUUAUUUUUGGAUGAAAAUAUGGGACGUUGGAUCCCAGUGAUUCAAACAGCUCUUGUGGACAUACGAAUCCGUGAAGUGCGCCUUGGAGUGCUUUCAGAUGAAGGUUUGAUGAGUGUUGGUGUGUCCAUCCACAAGUUUGCAUUGUGUAGCUUCAAUCUUCCAACCGAUUCCCUCUUCCCUUCCUCUGCUGCUUCCAGUUCCCCUUAUGGAAAUGCUGACAGAGAUGGCUUCCCAUGGGCCUUCAAAGCAGAAGGGAUCCAGUUACAUGCAAGUCCAGGAGAUCUUCUGACUCAUUCUCUUGAUACACAAGCCACCCUUGGUUUGACUUCCAAGCAAGGAUCACCAUUGGAACCAUUGAUUCCUGGACAUGUUGCCCUCUGUCUUCAUGUUGACAUGUCCCCGCUUCCCAUCACUUGCACACAGCAACAGGCAUUGACACUAUUGAAAACUUGGGAAAGGAUGCUGAGAUCCAUGCCUGCCAGGAUCUUAAGCACACGUGCAAAAUCCCCAUCAAGUGUUGGAGGUGCUGCAAUCCCUGAAUUUGGAGAUUGUGGGACAUCACUCUCUUGGUUUGUGCAAUGGACAAUACCUCGAGCUACCCUGGAGCUUAAGUCUGCUGACUUCCGGUUGACCUUGUCAGUUGAGGAACUGUCACUUUGCAUUGAUUUUGAGGAGGAGUACUCUAAAGUCAAGUUAAAAAUGUCAUCUGUGCAUGGCAUCUACCAUAUGUUAUGCUCUGGAGAAUGGAAAUGUGGUGAUCAUGAUGGCCUUGUUAUGACAUCAACCAACCAUCUCCCACACAAUCUGAUCAUCUCAGAUCUCUUUCAUGAUGGAACUGAAUCUCGAUUGGCAUGCAAAAUGGCACAUUUACCAUUCUUGGAAGCCACAUUCACCUGUGCCCUAAGCACCUCCAUUUACCGCAAGUAUCAGAAUGUCCUUCCAGAUGAUGUCCCACUUCCACCUUCUCCAUCUGAUGAGAUUCAAGGCUCUCUAUGUGAACUAGAUGCAAAAAUCCAAGCAGUGGAUUGGAUUUUCAGUCCAACCUGGUUGAAAGGAGUCAUAGACUUCCUGAGCCCAUUUCUUGUCCAGAAAGAGAAAACCUUUGAACCAAGUGGAGAAGUGGUGACAUAUUGGAGCACAUACCCUCUAUUUUAUCUUCAUGUGGCUACAACUCGUUUCUUUUUCCCAACCAAGGACUCUCGUACUUUUCUCCUGCUCCAAGUCACUGGAAUAAAUGUGACGUCACAGGUAGAAAACCCCUUACCAAGAGAUCGGGUUGUCAUCUCUCCUGACAUUUUUCAGAAGUCUGACAUAAGGUUGGCCCACAGUCCAUGUUGGCCAACAGAUGAACGGCAAUAUGAAGCCCACUUCACAGGGAUCACGUUCUUGACUGGCGAAUGGCUUGGGCGGAGGAAAUCUCGGGUUGAUGGGAGCCAGAAUCCAGCUCUGGAGUGGAAUGAAGGUGAAAUGAGCUUCAGCUGGCCUUUCCUUUCUCUUCUGUCUUUGAUGCCCUGCUGGGAUAUGCGUGUGACAUUAGCCCCACCAGUGAUGAGUUGCGAUAAUGGGAAGGAUAAAGAGAGAAUCCUGAUUUGUGGUGGGAAUUUGGAACUUAACUGCAUUACAGAAAUCACCAUUCAGUUUGCAUGUGAGCAUUUGGCUAUCAUCAAGACCUGUCUCACUGACUUGAUCAAUGUCUUUCCAAGUGUUAUGGGAUCUGCUCCUGGAGACAGUCCUUCAAGAAAAGUUGUUUAUCCUUCCAAAAGGGUUCCUUGGGAGGUGCUGGUGACUGGUAAUGCCUUAGAGGUGUCCCUUUAUCAGAGACUUGAAGAAGAAGAAGAAAAGGAUUGUCAUAAAGAUUCAGGAGUUUACUCUGAUGUGGAACCUAUUCCUCCUCAAGAGCAUGCAGCAGUAAAUCAGAGAAAGAAAUAUGCCUUGGAAAUGCAUGCUGUCAUAUCCCAGCCUCAUACGCUCCUGUACUGGUCUACCACAUCUGAACAUGUCCAGACUUCCUUGUUCAACCUGUCCAUCUCCCUCUCUGAUGAUCCUUCAGGUAUUCUCCCGUCAUUCCUCACUUGCACUUGGGAGGAUCAGAAGACCUUGACUGUAGAGGUCAGUCGGCCCUUCAAGCUUUUUUGCACCAGUGCCAACAUCAAGAAAUUCCAGUCUGCCUUUGAAGACAUCAGACUACUAUUUCCUUCAAAGGAGGGUUUGGAAUCACUUAAUACAAAAUCAACCAAAUCCUUGGUGGAAGAUAUUCAGCUCAGUACAUCCCAGAUCGUCUUGAUCUCCAAUAACUUUGCAACUCCUUUAGUCCUCUCCAUGCAUGGCAUAACAGGAAAAGUGAAGCCAAAUGAUUGCCAAGCUAAAUUGACUUUGACAAACGUUUUAGUAAAGAUGCAACCACCCCAGGGAGAUAUAAGUCUCCUAGAGCCCUGGACAUGUGAACUUCUAAUAGACUUUGGAAUUUGCAGUCCUAGAAGCUUGUGGUUGAAGAGUGGAGAUAUCAUGUGUUUCACAGUGGGUAAGGAGCAGAUUCAAGCCCUCACACAUAUCAGUGAACAACUCAGAUCCACUUCUGUAGCCAAAGAAGAAAGUAGAAAAGAGGGUGACUCAUCUGAGAUUCAGGCUGUGAUGAUCCAAGAAACAAGAGAUGACCUUCGUAGUGACAGAUUCAGAAUGGUCAAGGACUCAACACCCUUUGUUGAUCUUCAGGCUGGAGAGUUUACUGUGUGUAACAAAGAGGGUUCACUGACAUGGGCUUACCAGGAACCAAGAAUUGUUUCAAAAAUUGAAGUGUCACCAAUCCCCUUGCCAGAAUUCUCUCAUCCUUGUGUCACUUGCCUCCUCCAGAGGUAUUCAAAGUUGCAUCAUUGUUUCGUGACUUAUGUUGUCUUUCAACUGUCAGAAACUAACAGUUCUCGACCUGAACUGCCAGAUGUCACCAUGGGUUCAGGAGUCAUUCCAGCAUCUACAGUCUGGCGCAUUGUCAUGCAACACAGCAUUGAUGAUGCAGCUUUUGACAUGGGUCUCAUUGUUCCCAAGAUGCUUGCUGGAUGUCUUAGAGUGGACUCUUUGUUUUCAGAGUCCUGGACUUCUUCAUUCCAGCUCUCCUUCUCUAUAUCCUCAGUAUCAGUCCAUUUGAUUGCUGAAAGGCACAUUUUGAUGCCUCCUCUGUACAAAGGAUUCAUUUUUGAAAAUCCAUUGCCAUCUCGUUUCGAAGUGGUUGAGUUAAAGUUCUCAAAUGUUGAAGCCAGCCUGAUUCACCAGUCAUCUGUUUGGAGUAUGGGCCUAAAAAUUACAGGAGCUUGCAAUGCUCUCAAGUAUUCUCAUUUAGUGAAGGUGGCUGUUAUUGAGCCCUUUCAGCUAGAGAUGAACAUUGAUGUUCUACCUCAAAAACACUUGAUGCAAGCUGAAGCCUCCGUUGAGCAACUGAAGGUAAAUGUUAGCCGAACGGCCCUUCAGGCUGUGGCAGCCAUUGUGGAAUCAUACCAAGGUCAAGUGAAGACCAUGUUUAUUAAUUACAUAAUCUGUAAUGCCACAACUUUGAAUCUCAGGCUGGGACAAAUGGACACUGAAGAGAUUGUGGCAUUGCGACCAAAUGUUGCUCAGCCUUAUGCUUGGAGGUCUCAGAAGGGUAAGGCUCAGCUUCGUCUCUGCAUUGACGAGGGAAUAUGGGAAUGGUGCAAACCAUUCUCCAUUGAUGUUACUAGUUCCUGUAUUAUCCGCCAUGUGAAAGGCAUUCCUAUUUUCAUCUCGAUAAAUUGGAAUGAGUCUGGAGCAAAGGAGAUCAUUGUUUAUGGACAGACCAUAUUUGUGAAUCUCACUGAUGUGAUGUUACGAGUGAUUGCAUCAGAUGAAGAUCGUACUAUGGAUGCACCGCUUUGGAGCUCAGGUGGUUUUAUGUCCAUGGCUGCUGUGCAUCCUCCCAAGUGGAUCCAAGUGCAAGCUGACAAUGGUGCAACUUCAGAAAGCACAACUAUUCCCAAUUUUGAAGGAAAAGAUGCUGGAAUGAUUUGGCAAGAUUAUAUAUGGGUGAAAGGGGAUUCUCCACUUGAACUCAGUGUUUCACUCAUCCGUGAAAGGGACAAAGAGGAAGGAGGGACAAAGGAACUCCCACAAUUUCUCUGCACUUUGUCACCAGCAUUCAUGGUCAAAUCCUUCCUCCCUGUGAAGAUGGUAGCGUCUAUCUUCACUCCCAGCUUGAAUUCAACUGUAAAGCAGGACAUCUGUGGCAGAGGAACAGAAAUGAGACUCUCUACACCAUGCUUAGCAAAUAUCAGUCAUCAGAUCUCCUUUGCAUUAAAAUGGUGUGACAAGAUGGAUCCUGAGAACACAAUGCCACCAGUCCCCCUCAUAAGAGGCCUGAUUGAUCAGAUACCUGGGCCAAGUGAACAACAGUUCAAAGAUGGGAAUGUAGAGAACUGGCUGACAGAUUUGAUUGGCAAUUGUCAUUCAGAUUCUCACAUACCAUGGAAUGAGGCUCCUAUAGAAUCUGCUGUUUCACUUCAACCUCAGGUCAAGCUGCAGGUAUCAUAUAAGAGGAGAUGGCCUUUGUGCCAAACAAUUAUCUUGGAAGUUCGUCCAGAGCUAAUGUUCAUGAACCUCCUUCUUGAUGACAUGUACUUGAUGACUUGUGAUCACCACAUUUGGACACUUCCAUCCCGUGCAAGUGUUGCUCAUCCACCUCCCCAGGGAGGAUUCCAUAUUUGCUUCAUGGAGAAUGGAAUUUUGAGGGAAAAUGUGGAGCCUGUCACAUUGGUAUGGGAGCUCCCUACCCAUCCAUACCAUGUUUCCAGUUCUCCUGGCUCUCUCUUGCCAGAUGGAGAGGAUGCCUCCCUUCCUCUAUCAAUUUCCUUUCAGAAUAAGGAAAUGUUCUUCCUCCUCUCAUCACAAGUAAAAGAUGGAGUUCGGAUCCUCUCCAUCCAUCCUAGAGUGAUCAUUUCAAACAAGAGUUCCAUGGAGCUGAUUGUCACCUCAGUUGAUGGUUUUGAGAUGAUCCUCGAACCUCAAGAAUCACAGCCCAUGCUUUUCUGGAAAAUGCCUUGUAGCCUUAUUGUGACAUGUGCCAGAUGUUCUCGGGCCAGUGAUCCAGUAUUUGUGCAAUUGGAUGAAGAGAGAAACCCAAAGCAUUAUGAUUCUGGAGCCCAUGUGUUUGUACCAUUGGAUGAGGAGCAUGAACAAGGCACUCUUCUCUUCAUGACAAGGCAUUGGAGGGGAAAGAAGUUGUAUCUUGUGUUUGUAAAAUCACAACACCCCCAGUGCAUUCUCCACAAUCUCACUGCCUCUACUUUAUUCCUUUCUCAGGUGUCCCUUGGUAGCUUGGAAAAAGAUUGGUCUCAAGAGAUCGCAUUGCAUGAAGAAAAGACAGAAGUCCUGCUUCGUCUAAUACAUACUCAUGGGAAGAAGAAAGUCAUUGUGGAAAAGAUUGGAAGGACCACUCACAUUAUAGUUUCUCCAUUAGAAAAAAGAGAAAUGGUGGCAGAAGAUGUUAGGCAGCGUAUUGCUGGAACAAAGUCUCCUUCCUCAGAAGUGGAAUCUAGCCUUCUUUUAGCAGAGUCUGGUGAGCUGAGAGGCAUUGCUCAAAGGUAUGGUCUUCAUUCGCCUGAGACAUUUGGCAACCUAUGGGCAGGAAACAUUGCAUUCCGCUCCUUAGAUAUCAUUGUUUGGGAUGAAACUCAGGACUGGAAGAUCAUUGAGACACUUGUGUUGCACAUGGAGCAGUUAAAAGUCACUGCACAACCUACGCUUAGCAGCUCACGAAAGCUCAAGUACUCUAUGCUGGGCAACAGAGUUAAGGAGUUCCUUCAGGUGGCUUUUGCAAUUGGGGAUAUACAACUGUACAAUCAGCUUUGGCAUUCUGAAAGAUUUGAUUUUCCUGCUAUCUUGGCAUUUGAGUGUAAGCAGGAGAAGCUACCUACUUGUUUCCUGGGGACACUGUUGUUUGAAAGCUUGCCAGUUGGUUUGUUUCUGCAAAAUGUGGAAUUUGAACUCCAGAGGAAUGUGAAACUCUUCUUGGAAGACACUCUUUUGAAUCGGCUGAUGGAAAUCUGGAGCUCUCUCAUUGCCCCUUUGGUUGAGAUGAAGAAGAGCAGCAUAGUCUCAUACACACUCCCAUCAGAUGUGUCUUGGGUGUCUGAUGACCUAGCUUCUCCUCUUGUUUUGAACCAUCUGCUCAUUCACCCUGUCAACAUAGAACUCAGUGCCCAUGCCUCGCUCAAGUUCUAUCUGGCCAUCAACAGAAUGAAUUUGAAUCUUCCAAAGCUGGAUCUCCAGAACAUCAUUUGCUUGAAUCUUCAGCUUGGAAGUGCCUUGGCACGACACUAUAUGGUUGCUUGCCUCUUUCGAGCAGGUUGGGUUAUUGGAUCAAUGGAAGUACUUGGGAGCCCAACAGUUCUUUUAAGAGAAGUGCGACAAGGUCUUGGUGAUCUUGUCUGCUUGCCAUACCAAGGUCUACUUCGAGGACCAUGGGGAUUCCUCUUGGGGAUAUCCCAUGGAACUGUGUCUUUGUUUCAACAUAUGUCAUCAGGAGCCCUCCAGUCCAUGACGAACAUGGCUUCUAGCAUUGCCAGGAACCUAGAAUCUCUAUCUCUGGACCCAGAAUACCAGCAGAGGGCGGAAGAAAUCCGACGAGCCCAGGCCUCAUCCCGCUCUCUUGGGCUUGUUCAAAGUCUUUCUUUGGGGUUCUCUGAAUUUGGGAUCUCUCUUCUUGGUGCUGUGGGAGGUUUGGCCCAUCAUCCAUUGCAGUGUAUGAUGGAAGGCCGACCUUUGGUUGUUGGCUUGGGUAGAGGAAUGAUAGGCAUUAUGGUCAAACCUCUUGGUGGAGCUGCUCAGUUAAUUUCUUAUGCUGGCCAGGGGAUCUUGACAGCUUCAGGAUGGCCUCAAUCUGCAUCUGUCUGCAGAAUCCCAGAGGACAUUAAAGUGAAAACAUUGCAAAAUGCAGAAGUAAAGGUUCAGUGGAAGCUGAAUUGGAGACCAAACAAGACUGAGAGGCAAUUAGGGAGUGAGACUCUGGCUUUCAUUGAUGCAUCACUCAUCACCAAUCAGAAUCAGUAUAUUCCUGUUUGCCUCCUACUCUUUUGGCAGGAAUUGGUUGUGGUGAAUGAUGAGGAAGACAGUCAUCAGAUGGUUUUGGAGUUGAGUGAAUGGCAGCCUCUGCUUAUUCCUGAUCCUGAUCCUACUCUGGUUGUCUUAAGACACACUGUUAUGGAUCAGCAACCCCUCCUGUGUGAGGUUGAAACAAGACAACGUGUAGCUGACUAUGUGGGAUGGGGGAAGGCUGAGCUUGAAGCAACAGCAGACUCCUGCACUACACUUCGCUUUCAUCUCUCUCCAAAUACCAAGAACUUCUUUCUUGCUCAGUUCCACAGGGCUUUAGAUAAGCUUCAUCAAACAGGCUUUCCCCUUUGA